GAAUAAGGUGAAACCACCACAUGUUUACACGAGUAAGCAACAUUUUACCGUACCGAGAAAAGUACACGACGAAAUCACUACGCAGAGAGGGUAGAAUCUGGUAUUGUAGCACCGGUUCUGAAGGUGACCAAAAAUUUGGCCCUUCCGAAGUUUUAAAGAGUGGGCGAUCUAUAGGGAUGUGUAGCUAACCCGAU